AUGUUCGUAACACUGCUACAUCGCCUUUUAUCAAGUGCAAUUGAUCGAACUAACGUUGCAAUUGUUGCAAUUGUUGAUUCAUCCAUUGCCACAUACGAUUGAGCCUUUGAAAUCGAGGAAACAUUCUCUUUAUUUUUUCACGUUUUCAUCUAAUUGUUGUCUGGCAUUUUUUUUUCCUUUUUAGUACGCCAACGUUUGAGUUACACUCCUAGUAUCCAUGCUCUUUGAAAACCUAAGACAGCCUGGCUAUUUUUUUUACUUUUCUAUCCACACAAUUGAGGAUACAUGAGCGGAAGAGUUGCAUUAGGGUUUUUGGUCUCUCUAAUGAAAAAGAAUCUGCCAUCUUUUCUACUCCACGCACGCAUGUUUAGCACGUACACGUACGUAUGUCAGAAGAGGUUCCCCGUAGAUUGGCAUAAAAAGUGGAUUUUGAAUCACAAAUCAACCAACCAAACAGCCCAGCAACUCUAGCCACUCCACUCGAGUGUGUGCAUAUAACUUUGGUCUAUUCUCACUUGCCAUCUGGCCUGGCCUAGAGUACAAACGUCGACGUGAAAGAAGCGCACGAUAUUUGUGAACAGUCCCUACAUUCCAUGUUCUCAACCAAGACGAGGUUUCAAAUUCAGUUCAGGAUCUGGCCAGGUCUCGAACGGACGGGGAAAAUCUGAAUCAUGGACAUCGGCAGAGACAUCCUCACCAACACAUUGUUGGGGAGCAAGGAUUGGGAAAAGGUGUUUAGCCCGUGGUGGAUUACGGUUCAUCAUUAUUUGGUCUACUCAUUGGUGGUUUUGGGCCUGAUUGCUCUUCCGAUCAACUGUAUGAUCAGUGUUCAAGGCAACUGCUCGUAUCAUCCUGCUCACCCGAGAAAUUAUGUCUUACCCAUGAAGAUUUGUCGAAUGAACGAGGAGUUGAGCCAAAUUGUCAUCGAAAAGCGAUAUUGCACAACCAAACAGCGAAAUGUUUUAAACGAAACCUUUGGCAUUAUUGCCACUCAAGAGGACAGUGUUUUUGAAUAUCAAACCAUUCGAAACAUUGCAUUUAUGUCAGAAAUGUGGAAAGCGGCUAAGGCCAAAGAACACACCACCAACUUCAAUAAUUGUUUAUUGAAAAUGAAUCCCCGAGCCUUUCCCUUCCAUCUUUACUAUGCCUGUGUGAAUCAGUUGGACGCUUUGGCUUUGUAUUUUCCAUACUUGGUGUUAACUUUAGCACUUUUCUUGGUCAUUCUGGAGAGGCUCUGUACCAGGUACCUAUGGACAGGUCGGCGCAUUGAAAAGUUCUAUGAGCUACUGGUCAAGGACAUUAUUGAGGAGGGUGGCUCGAAAGCAAUGAACUCACUUGAGCAACGCCAAAAGUGCCAACAGAUCAUUUACGACUUCAUGAAUUCAUCUUUCUUGUGUGGGAGCUAUAUCGUUCAAACGACCAUCAAAGUGCUCGUGUGUCUGUCCGUUCUCAUCUGGAGCAUCAUGGGCAUGUGCCAUUCGCUUAGAGAGAGCUUCAAAACUGACUUCAAUUGUGAGCAAUUCGACUACAUGCAUGCCUGCUCGAUCACAUCCAACGGCAUGAACAUCGUUUUAUUCGACUUGUGCAACAUUGUGGUGGCGCUGAUUCUGUUGGACGGUAUUUUCAACGUGUUUUGGCACUACCGAUUCUUCUGCAGCACCAACACUCAAGGAUCGAUCUUGGUUCCCAAAACAAAACUAGACCGGUUGAUCCUUGGUUUCGUGGCGACUAAAGAAGGUGCCGAAAGUUCGUUUAUGAAUACGUAUUUCGGAUCACCAGACUUACAAAUGCUCAUGAACCUUUUGGCUGCCAAGGAAGGCAUUUGGGCGGCCAUACUCGUUUUAAGCGCAUUUGAUGCCAAUUUCAAAAGCCAGUUCAAGGUUCGGGAUUGCAAAAUGGGUUCCCACUCCUCAGAGGUAAGCGGGAAGCGGAAAGAUGCCACAAUCUCAUGGAACGAACCUCAUGCCGCCUCAUUCAUCGGUGAAAAUGUUCCCACGGAGCAUCUGAUGUAUGUUUUGGAGAUUAACCCGCCCAUUGACUGGCACAAGCAAGGGGACAAUGUGACCAUGGUACCAGCCUGCGCCGACGAUGGAGAAUGUAUCUUUAAUCCAUUAGUGGUCUCUACCGAUUGGGACGGGAAAACCACGUCAUCUUUGGCCAGUGCCUUAACCACUUUGGAGAGAGAAUCCGAGGAGGUCAAGCAAAUUCCCAAACCUAUUGGAUCUCCUCCUUCAAGGCUGGAUAAAUCGAGUUCCAAAGACAGCGUUUUCUCCGGCUAUUCUGUCAAUAACAAUGCUACGGAGGCCAUUGUGAGUGGGACUCACGCCAACGGCCGGAACUUACUCGCCACUCAUUUGUACAAAUCGAGCAUGGCCAGAAAUCAGACAGAACAGCGGACAACGGCCUCGAGGUCAUUCAAACACGCGUUUGUGGGACUUCGAAUGGACACAGACUACAAAAUCACAUUAAAAUUCGUCCUCUCGGGUCGGGCUUUGGGCUCUGAAGCAUUCACCAUUUUAAGUCACGAUGGAGAGAGCCGGAAAACGUCGGCCGUUUCAAAUUCAGAUUCGAACCUGAACUCCUCGUUGGCUUCAAGGACGACUCGUAAUCAGUGGAUCCAAGCCAAUAAUGAUACGGAGUUGACUGCAAUGCUGGAAGACUGCGCCGCGCAGUCAGACCGUGUGAUCUUGGAUUUUGAAGCCAAAUGGUGUCCAAAUUGUCGGAAUUUGCAAGAAGCGCUCAAGGAAUUACCAUCCAGGUGCCAAGUGAAGCAUAGUGUUUUCAUUCAAGCGGAUGUGGACGAGUGUCCGAAGGUCUCGGCCUCCUUUCAAUUUUCCACAUUACCCGCGCUUUUCGUCCUCAAAGAGGGUCAAAUUGACCAUUGUAUGAUGGGAAAAGGGGCAUUGGAACAUGGACCGGAGAUCAUAACUAAACUGUGCGCGCUCGACGAAUAAAGCCAAAGGUUAAAAACACCGCUCAAUAUU